GGGGCUUCUCUGUGGGCGCAUCCUGGCAAGAUUCCGAGACUUGGUUGGCUCUGCAUUAGUACAGGCAGUGGCUAAGACUGGGACCUGGAGGUCCUGGGCUCCUGUGAGCACUGAGGCUGUUAAUGGGAGAAGGGAAGGCAAUAUAAGCAAGAGUCCAGGGUGAAGGGCCACAGUCUGAGUCAUGAAGAAGAUCUUCAAGGGCCAUUUGCCCUGGUACUUCCUGGGCUUUAGACAUGGCAAUGCCGAGAACCAAGAAUGGCACAGGUACCUCACUGGCUACACACCUGUGAAAAAGAUACACAAAGCUGCAAGUAUGGGAGACAUAACCCAAGUGCAGAGGAUGCUCGAAUUUGGGGAUGUGGACGUGAACAUUACAGAUCGGAAGAAAAGGACUGCUCUGCACUACGCCUGCGCUCAUGGCCAGGCUGAAAUGGUGACUCUCUUGCUAUGGUAUGACUGCAACAUUGAAGCCCGAGACAGCGAUGAAAGUACAGCUCUGAUCAAGGCAGCACAGCGUCAGCACGAGGAAUGUGUAAAGAUUCUCCUGGAAAAUGGCGCCGACACAAAUGCCAUUGAUGCAAAUCAAAACACCGCUCUCCACUAUGCCGUCUACAACAAUAGCACCUCCAUAGCCACCAAACUUCUGGAGUUCAGAGCAGACACUGAAAUUAAGGCAAAGAAUGGCUACACACCACUUAUACUGGCAGUGCUGGAAAACAAACUUGAGAUGGUGGAGCUGUUGUUACGGGCCGCAGCCAAUAUAAAUGCCCUGGAUAACUACAAGAGGUCUGCCCUCAUCCAUGCUGUGAGAGCUCAGUCUAAAGACAUGAUCAGCCUUCUUCUCCAGCAGGGUGCUGAUAUGUCUUUGGUGGAUGUCUAUGGAGCAACCGCACAAAGUUACACUGUUUAUGAAACCUUUCAAGUGCUCUCCAAAGGCCCCAGCUCUACAACAGGAGAGGACAGAUAUAAUUCUGAUGCCAAGGAAGACUGCUUAUCCUGUGCACACUCCACCCAGGAUGAGGAAAGGAUGGCACAAUCGCCAGCGAAGGAAAAGGGAAACAGAGAUGCAGCUGACAAGCUGGGGAGCCAAGUUACUUUAGAAAACCAAGAGGAGGAGCUUGAGCCUUGUGAAGACUGCAGUUCAAAAGCAGAUAAAUGUUCUGCAUGCUACUCUAAAGCAAGCCUCGCCCACACACCUAGAACUUCCAAGCCCACAACAGAAGAAGAUGGAAACAGCAUCAGAUCCAAGAGGGACCCAGAUUCGGUUCUCAGCACCCACACGGUGGCUCUCAUCCAUCUGUAACUACAAUACCACGGACUCUGAAGAUUCUUCUGACCUUCACAGUCACCAUGCACGCAUGGGUGCACAUACAUACAUGCAGGCAGGACACUCAUACACAUAAAAUAAAACAAAUGUAAAAUGGCUU